AUGCUCAGAAGACCUUUGGACAUCACUUCUCUUUCUGGCAUGCUACACCGUGCGAGCCGAGUCCAGAGGAACGCGUACAUAGUUUCGGAUAAGACUCUGAGUCUUCUCUCCGAGGCAGUCGUCUUAACGCCAGGAAACAGCUUUCAUGUGUUUGUUCUUGGAGACCUGCAGAUGUACCUGCACGACCCUUUUGUUUAUAUAGAUAGUGAUGUUAUUGCUAGUGGGCUCAUGCUCUUGCAGCAAGACAAAUGUUCUAUUAUUCGCGGGACGCAUUUGAUUCUAUCGUUGCAAGAAGUAAGUACCGACAUUCCUCCAAAGCCAGGCUCUAGCGAGGGCCCGAUAGAGGAGACCCUCUUCAUUUAUGAGUUUGUCCUUUCUGUUGUGCUCGCCACAGGCACGGCCUCUGACUCCAAGGAGGCUCAAACCGCACGCACAGGGCGUGUUGGUAUCUAUACAACCAUACCUAUUUACAAGAAGCUUAUUGUAUGCCACGCGUACAACAAGCAGCUCUCUGUAGAACUAUUGGGCCACUUGAUAGCCUUUGUUCCCGAAGCUCCCUCUAGUGAAAACACGGCUAUCUACAAGGCUCUUAUGCUUUUAACAUCCCGCACUUUUGAUUUGGAUGACCUACUGCCGCUAAAGAACUAUACAAAUGAAGAUGCAGCAGAGCUGGCAGGAAUUCUGAGUGAGAUCGUCGUCACACACACACCCUAUGCAUGGUAUUUGGCUCUUUUUUCUUUCAUGCACUGCUUUCUCAUGUCACCCAUGCCUCCAACUAGGACUGCCCUUGAGGUGGCGUUUGUACAGCAUAAAAUAUCAGGUCUGGUGGCAUACCACGAGAAACAAAUUCAGCUCGCAGUGACCUUUCUAUCGUCUCUGUACUCGACUGUGCUGUACAGCUUCUUUGCUAAUCUUGCCCUAGAUAUGGGCCUAAAUGGCUACCCUUAUCAAACGGGGGUCAUGGCUCAGUUCUACCGAGCCUGUUCAUAUCUGCAUUUCAAUAAGAUGGUGUCGAACGACAUCCUUACGCACAUAUCAAAUAUUGGCCGGCACCUUAUCCUAGACUCUGGUCUAGUUGCAAGAGAAGCCAUCUCACGUCUCGACCUUCAUCCUUUACAUCACGAAAUUGAUUUCUCAAACCCUAGUGAGUCCGACCUUGUGCAUAUUUAUCUCUUGUGCUAUCAGAUUGCAUACGAAAACGAACACUGUCGGCCAGCAGAAUUUUUUGACGAGGUUGUAAUGCGCAGCUUUGAAAUCAAGGAGCUUUCUGAGGCGAUUGCAUACCCCAUAGCAGCGUUCCCCACAAACAAGCAAAUAUGCAGAUCAUUUCUCUCCCAUCUUGCAGACGGAUUGGCCGAAUCAUAUGUGGAGGGUCCAGAUGCGCUUAUUGCAACCCUAGCAACUGCAAAGCUACAACGCAUCAACUGUCUUCCGCAUCUUUUCAUGUUUGUUGACACCUGUGCCAAAGUCCUUGAAAUUGAACUGAGCAAAUCCACCAUUGAUGAGAGGCUCUUGCAUAUCUAUCAAGGCUGUGCCGAAUUGGUUGCAAAGGGCAUUGGCCAGAGGGCAAAUUUGCUCCUCCUACUUCUUUCCCAUGCUGGUCCUGCUGUACACGAAGAGGAACUUACUGGGGCUGCUGCACAGUGGCUUCAAACAAACUGCCCAAAUUUGGGACCAGGGUAUUCGCCUCUGGUGGCGUACAUUCUGUUCAAUGAGUAUAAACCUUUGUCACACGGCGAGCACUUUCUCAACUCCCUCAAACAUAUCCUCGCAAUUUACGCCUAUCGGGUAUUGGACAACAAGGAAUUUAGUGUUCAAAAUCACCAGGUGGCUGCGUUUGCUGCGCUACGGUACAUGACAUAUUAUGCCUCACUUAUUACGCAUCCACCGGAGUCGCUGAAAAGUCUUAAUUUCUACUCUAUCUUCAAGAAAGCAACGCUCGAUGAAUUGGCUGACAAGAGCACAGAACACUUUAUGUUUAGGCCUGAACAGUGUGACUACACCAACACAGACUACUAUUCCGAUCAGAAUGCUCCCUUUGAAUCCUGGCGCCUCGGAUCCAGGGCCGUUGCAAGGGAAACUGAGGCCAUUACUACGUUGGCUACGGAACGGGUGUCCUGGACCUAUGCCCAGUUUGAUGGGUCCAUAGCAAAGGAGAUGGUCAUCGAGCCCCGAGGACGGCAGGAAGACACCGAGAGAGAGUCUUCGACACACCCCGACAUGGUGCAGGGGUCGGAAAGCGCCUCUGACGGAGACGCAGAUGAGGAGGUCUGCGCAGUCUGCCUCAGAGCGCUCUGCCGCGCGGCAAUCGUGGUGCUCAACUGCAACCACUACUUCUGCGCAGAGUGCGCCGCACGCCUCGUGCUCCGAUCCGGACGGUGUGCGCUCUGCAGACAGCCCGUGGUGCAGAUGCGGUGCGGCGGCGAGGUAGUCGGACUCCCUAAGUAA